GAAUCUCACGUCAUGUUGUCUUUUGGGAACACACUAUGUUUUCCUCGUUAUCAAACUUCCAAGUGUCAUCUUUUGAUCAAACUCCAUUUUAUACUAAUCCUUCUAUUGAGCUAUUCCCUAGUGAUUCUGAUGUAGGUACAUUUGAUGAGCUCUACAAUGCCUCACCACAUGCUCCAACUAGUUCUACAGAAGAUGAUUUGCCUACUAGUAAUGCAUUAGAUAAUUCAGAGCCUUCUUCUGCUUCCUCAUCUGUAUCCUCUAUUGAUGGUGCAUUUGAUAUUAUUGAGUCUACAAAUAAGCUUGUUGUCCCAUCCUUGAGUCGUCCUACUCAGGUAAGAAACCUUCCCAACUACCUUCGUGAUUAUCAUUGUUUUCCUGCAAUUACUUCUUUACAUGAGCCUCAAUCAUAUCAAGAGGCCUUUGUUAACCCUCUUUGGCAACAAGCUAUGCAAGAUGAAUUACAAGCUCUUGAGAACACUCGAACAUGGGAUUUAGUUGAUCUCCUUGCUACAAAGUCUCUAAUAGGCUGUAAAUGGGUGUACAAGAUCAAAACAAGAGCUGAUGGUUUUGUGGAGCAUUAUAAGGCACGCUUGGUUGCCAAGGGUUUUACACAGGAGUGUGGAAUAUACUAUGAGGAAACAUUUUCUCCAAUUGCUCGUCUUACAUCUGUGAGCAGUUUGCUUGCUAUCGCUACUAUACGGAGAUGGAAAUUGUUUCAUAUGGAUGUGAAAAAUGCCUUUCUUAAUGGUAACCUAGAAGAAGAAGUUGACAUGAAACCACCUCUUGGACUCAACCAUCCUCCAAACAAGACUAGUCAGGGUAUGGUCCUUUUAAUUCUUUAUGUUGACGACAUGAUUAUUAAUGUUGAUGACAUGAUUAUGAUUGGAGAUGAUAUCAUAGUCACUUCUUCAGAUGAUGGCUACCUGCUUUCUCAAGUAAAGUAUGCCUCUGAUCUUGUUUUUAAAGCUGAACUCAAUGACAAUAAGAGUGUUUCUACACAUCUUGAACCUAAUGUCAAGCUUACACCUAUGAAUGGCUCUCCACUUUCUAAUCUUACUCACUAUCGGCAAUUGGUUGGUAGUCUGGUUUAUUUCAUCACGACAUGCCCUGACAUGGCAUAUGCAGUUCACAUUGUUAGUCAGUUUAUGGCUGCUCCUUGCUCCACUCAUUUUGCAGGAUCUACCACCAAUUAUUGUCUUUUCCUUAAUAAUUCUCUUAUCUCUUGGCGAAGUAAGAAACAAACCAUUCCAUCUUGUUCUAGUACUGAAGCUAAGUAUAGAGCUCUUGGUGAUACUAUAUCAAAACUUCUUUCAUUACGAUGGCUUCUUGAAGAUAUGGGCAUUCCUCAACCUUCUUUUACUGAUUUAUAUUGUGAUAAUCAAUGUGUUAUACAAAUUGCUCACAAUGAUGUCUUCCAUGAACGUACAAAGCAUAUUGAGAUUGAUUGUCACUUUAUUCGUCAUCAUGUUGAAAAGGGAACUAUUCAUUUGAUUUUCAUUAGUUCUGUUGAUCAGCCUGUUGAUUUGUUUACCAAGGCUCACUUUCUUGGACGCUUCCAAACUCAAGUUGGAUUCAUCACAAUUACCUUAAGUUUGAGGGGAUGUUAAGAUGUAAACACAAUUAUUGUAAAUAUUUUAUACUUUAAAAUAUUCACUUUAUAUACUUUAUACCUUAAAAUAUUCUCUUUAUAAAAACUUAUAUAUAGGUUAUUGUACAUACAAUAUUAUUUAAGAAAGCAAUAAACUUUUC